GUGUACAUGACGUCGGCCAGCACGCGACAGCCGAGCCGACUCAAUCAUUUGAAGUUGAACCUUGUUGUGUUGUGGCCAGUGAACACGGCUGACUGGUCUGAGGGUGACGGAUAUACGAAGACUGGCAAAUAAAUACUCAAGAUGUCAGAUUUGGCGUCCCCAAGGUCGCCUGGAUCUGGCGACUUUCCCCAUGACGAAUUUGACUACGAUGACGACAACGAUGCAGAUUUUGAAGACUCCCGAGAUUAUGACGACAGAGAGAGUGACGACGGUAUGGGACCGUUUAUCCGGCAUCUCGGUAUCCGGAACGGUCCAAAAACCAGCUAUAUUCUGGAACAUAUUCCCGGGCCAAGCAGGGAUAUUUCCAACCGUUCCCCACCUGCGAGCUAUACUGACUUGGGAAGUGAAGGAGAAACAAGAGGGAAAGAAGAAUAUGCUGGUAUUAAGGAACAGAUGUACCAGGACAAGCUCGCUCAACUAAAAAAACAACUGCAGCAGUUGCGUGACAGCAGUCAUCCAGAAUACAACAAGAAACUAAAGAAGAUUGAUGCAGCUUACAAAGAAAGACUAAGACUCAAUGAUUUAUGGCGUGAAAUCGAGACGGAAUGGGUGGAACGUGACUAUUUGGCUGAGAAGAGAUUGGCCGCUCGAGAAUUCGAAGAAAAGAAGAGAGAACUUAAAGAAAAUUUGUUGAUAGAACUUGAAGAGAAAAAGAAGAUCAUAGAGCAGGAAAGAUACACACUUGAGCUUACCGGGGAUUCAAUGGAGUAUAAACCAGUCUCAACUCGAAAGUUACGUCGACGAGGAAAUGAACCUGCACCAAUUAUAGAGAAACGCCGCAAGCCAGUGUCAACAACUCUGCAGCUCUUGCUUGAUGAAAGGGAGAUGGAUGAUGAUUUAAAACUCAUCAACAAGAGCAAGCUGAUGAAUAUGAAAAAAAAUACAACUUCGGUAACACCAGCAGAUCCCAUUGGCAAUGAACCAAAAAUUGAAAAUGGAAAAUUGUAUUUUGACAAAAAGUGGUUUCAUAAAGGGCAGGCAGUAAUGAUUGAAUGUAAGGAUGGUACACGGUUUAAUGCUGUCCUCACUGUCGCAGGAGCUGACGUGAUUAUGGUAAGAAAAGUACCUGAUAACAUACGUCUAAAGAUCACCCUUGCUCAACUGGCUCAUGGUAAAUAUCUCGUCCGACGCCGCAGUUCAGCGUGACCAAGGGACAAGAAACUCUUUUAUGCUCUUGAAAACCAAAUUAAUGUCAGUCCCCACCAUAUUAAGAAAAUGCUUUUUUGUAAUUUGCCAUAAAGUGAUUGUGUUGCUCACAGACACUUUCUCCAGGUGUUCUACUAACAAUUGUACUAUACAAUAAAAUUUUGAUGUUAAAAAAUA